AUGCGUAUGAAACAUGGAAAGCUGUUCGUUAUUGUUAUGAUCUGUUUCAAUUUGGUGGUGUUUUACUAUUCCUGGAGAUAUUUUCUAACGAGAACCGAAUUCCUUGCUGACCCGUUCAGUAAGCAAUCACCGAUAAUAAACCCAAUAGAACGAAUUGGUUUCAACGAACAGGAUGAUGUUAUACAUUCUUCUGCAGUGCGGAUUGUGAUGAAGCAUGAAAAUCCGGUACCGAAGAAAAGCACCAAGCUCAGCCGAAUUCGAGACCGCAUACAGAAUACGAACAAAUAUUUGCAGAAAAGUAUUACUAUCGUUUUCCGCGACUUCUACGAGUUCGAUAAUGAUCUCAUGCAGUCAAUAGCCAGCAUUGUAAACCUUAUCCCCAAUAUACCAGUUUUCAUUAUUUCCGCCAACAUUCCGUAUCCACCGCUGGAUGUUUUCACCAGUCCCGGUCGGUCCUCAAACCAAACCAGCUGGUUCGAAAAAGACAGUAACGUGAGAUUCUUCAGCUUGAGCUACGACAUCACCAAACCCCUGAAGGACACUCUUCCGAUACUGCAGAUACGAACGCGGUACACUCUAUUCAUGCCUGACAGCGUUCGUCUUAACGGACGGUCGCUCCUCUCCCGACUGCUACGGGAAAUUUCUUCUCCUUCCGCCGAAGAUCUGAUGCUGCAGCAGCAUCAAAAUCUGCUGCUCAAACAAAACAAUCAGGCCGUGGAAAACAGAAUCGAUAUGACCCGGAAACAGGAGCAGAGGAUAAUUGCUGUCCCGUUCGCUUCCAAUCAGAAAACGGUUGCCAAUUGCUGCCAUCUGCUGCUCGAUCUACCCAACUGGACGCUGGAGUACGUGACCGGUAACGGGACCGACAACUGCGACAUGUACAAACAGAAGCAUGCCAUCUUGAUCGAAACAGCCCUACUGAAGGAGAUGCCUGAUGCACUAUCGUCUCCAUUUCCUGAACUGUUCUACAUUCAGGCUAAACUAUCCAACAUUAAGAAAGUGCUGCUCAACGCGUCGUUCCAGGAUGGCAAGAAGCUGUUCACUUCCUAUCACACGAAAACCAAGAGGCGCAAUUUGCGCAAGGAGCAAUUCAGAUCACUCUAUCGCAAGCUGCAAAUAAAAAAGGUGGUUCGCAAAAACUACCUGCACGACAAUAAGUCAAAGCUCCCCAAGCGGAAGCAGCUAAUCAAAAGCUUCGAACACAACAAUCAAACGAUUUCGCUGCUCACGGAAACCACUUUCUACGGGUGUGAAAAGCAAACCAAAAGCUGCAUCGGGCAGGUUUACAAUGCACAACCCUUCUAUCGGUUCCUCGGUCGCCACACGCCACCCUGCUGUCUCGAUAAGCUGAAGCUUGUUUUCCGACACGUGGUGGAUGAAUUGGAGAAUGUCGGCAUUCGCUACUGGCUGGACAACUACGCGCUGAAAAAUGCCAUCGAGCUGAAAUCGCUAUCCCCCGAUGCCUACGAAAUAGACCUAAGUUUCAACAGUGAUGAUGUGCAACGAUCCGUUGCACUGCGAAAGGCUCAGUCGAAGCCAUACACCGACGGAGACGGUUUUUACUGGUUAAAGGCCACCGACGGCCAUUACUUCCGGGUGCAGUACUCCAAGGUUAACCAAAUUGCGGUAAAUUUACUGCCCUUUGACCUGAGUGGCGAAGUGGUUCGGCCGAAUGGCUUCUACGGUUGGAAGGCGAAGAAAUUUGCAGUGGAAUUCUUGCACCCCAUGUCGACGGUGCUGUUUCUCGGAAAGCCCAUUAUGUGCCCCAACAACGUUGUGGAGUACCUGGAAACGAAGAACGUUAAGUAG